AUGAUCGAAGAUGAUUCACUCUUCCACUACUCCCUCCUCGCGCUCUUCCUCAUCGCGCCCCCAACCUUCCUCUCCCUCACCUACCUCCAGGCCCCCUACGGCAAGCACCACAGGCCCGGCUGGGGGCCCAAUCUCCCGCCCCCCCUCGCCUGGUUCCUCAUGGAAAGCCCAACGCUCUGGCUCACUCUCCUCCUCUUCCCGCACGGCCUCCACUCCCACAACCCCAAAGCCCAAACCCUCAUUACCCCCUUCCUCCUACAUUAUUUCAACCGCACCAUCCUCUACCCUCUCCGCCUCCUCUUCACCCCCUCCAAAAAAACUGCCUCGGGCUUCCCUCUCAGCGUUGCCCUCAUGGCCUUCAUCUUCAACCUCCUCAAUUCCUACCUCCAGGCGCGUUCAAUCUCGCACUACUACAACCAAUAUGAUCCCUCAGGCUUUUUCUGGCUCCGGUUUGUGAUUGGGCUUCUGGUGUUUUUGUGUGGGAUGGGGAUUAAUGUGUGGGCUGAUAGGGUUUUGCUGCGGCUGAAGAGCGAGGGGAAGGGCUACGUGGUGCCCAGGGGAGGGUUAUUCGAGCUCGUAGCGUGUCCUAACUACUUCGGGGAGAUUGUGGAGUGGCUGGGCUGGGCUGUCAUGACUUGGUCUUGGGCUGGGCUGGGCUUUUUUGUUUAUACUUUUGCGAACCUCGGGCCCAGGGCGCGUGGCAACCGGAGGUGGUAUUUGGAGAAGUUUGGGGAGGAUUAUCCUAGAAAAAGGAAGGGUGUUAUUCCCUAUUUGUAUUGA